AUGAUGAAGGAGGCUAGAACCAACCCAUCUUUUGGAGAGGCCUCAUUGAAGUCUUCAGAUUCACCCUUUACCGAAGAAGUGAUGGAGGUCCCGCUACCAAGUAAGUUCAAAAUGCCAACCUUUGAAAGGUAUGAAGGCUCAACCGACCUAUUUGAUCACCUAGAUACCUUUAAAGUGUUGAUGCAAUUGCAAGGCACACUUGAUGUCAUCAUGUGUUGUUCGCUUGCCGCCACCUUGAAAGGAAAUUCUAGCGCAUGGUACUGGCCCCCAAAGCCUGGAUCUAGCAACUCCUUCUCUAAUAUGGAACAUCAAUUUAUCAGACACUUCAUCGGUAGCCGCAGGAUAGCUAAAACGUUGGCCCAUCUGAUGAGCCUGGUCCAAGAAGAAAAGGAGACAUUGAAAAAGUUUAAACAUCACUUUGUCACUACUGCCCUAGAGAUUUGCAACUUGGAUCACGGGGUGGUGCUGGUAUCCCUAACCACGACCCUUCAACCUGGAGACUUCCUAUACUCACUGGGAAAGAAGCCUCUAGCCCAUAUGGGAGAGCUGGUGGCAAGGGCACAUAAAUAUAUCAACCUGGAGAAGACCGGGCCGAGUUGA